AUGGCGUUCUUCAAGGCGGUUCUAUUCAUGUCCUUGGGCGUGCUCUUCCAUGCCGCUUAUUCGGUGGCCGAGUGGCGAUACUACUCGCGGAAAACCGAUCAAGACACCGAGUCCAUUCCCUGGGACAUCAUCAUCCAGACCCUGGCCGGGUUCCUGUUGGCCAUGAUCGCCGUGCUGAAUAUCGCCGGCGAGUUCAAGGAGAUCCGAGCCACGGUCGAGCUGUCUCAGAAGUCCUGGGAGGAUGUUCGCAAUCGGCCCAGUUUCUACUUGUUCAAUCAUCGAGCCAUGGCCUUGUCCCCGGAUUACGUACCUCCGAGUCCGUCGGCGAGUGGAAUGGGGCGGUCGCAUUUGACCAAGAUCCCCGACAAGUACUUGUCAUAAUCUGGCUAUUUUGCGUAUCGUCUUGUGAUCUCUAUUGCGACCAUUAUUCAUUCCCAUGAAGGUCUUUUGUCAUGUUCAUUAGGUAAAAUCGAGUGAUUCUUCUCUCUUUGUUUUACUCCAGAAAUAAAUAAGUCGGAAAAAUAGGUAAA